AUGUUCCUGAAUUAUUCCGACGGCGUUGAGGAGUACACCACAUCAGUCACUGGCUUCAUCAAUAAGUGCAUUGAGGACGUCAUCCCUACAGUGACUGUACGUACAUACUCCAACCAGAAGCCAUGGAUUACAGGCAACAUUCGCACCGAGCUAAAGGGUAGAGCUGCGGCAUUCAAGGAGCAGGCCUCUAACCCAGAAGUUUAUAAGAAAUCCCGCUAUGCCCUCCGACGAACCAUCAAACAGAGACAGGACGGCGGAGCGAGGCUAGUGAAACAUCUACUAUCCAUUCUGUACGAAGGGCAAAAGCGCAACUCCAGACACAAGGCCAACAGCCCAGAAGAGUUAUCUGCCCAGAAGAGUUAUCCGCCCAGAAGAGUUAUCAGCCCAGAAGAGUUAUCAGCCCAGAAGAGUUAUCAGCCCAGAAGAGUUAUCAGCCCAGAAGAGUUAUCAGCCCAGAAGAGUUAUCAGCCCAGAAGAGUUAUCCGCCCAGAAGAGUUAUCCGCCCAGAAGAGUUAUCCGCCCAGAAGAGUUAUCAGCCCAGAAGAGUUAUCAGCCCAGAAGAGUUAUCAGCCCAGAAGAGUUAUCAGCCCAGAAGAGUUAUCAGCCCAGAAGAGUUAUCAGCCCAGAAGAGUUAUCCGCCCAGAAGAGUUAUCCGCCCAGAAGAGUUAUCCGCCCAGAAGAGUUAUCCGCCCAGAAGAGUUAUCAGCCCAGAAGAGUUAUCAGCCCAGAAGAGUUAUCAGCCCAGAAGAGUUACCAGCCCAGAAGAGUUAUCAGCCCAGAAGAGUUAUCAGCCCAGAAGAGUUAUCCGCCCAGAAGAGUUAUCAGCCCAGAAGAGUUAUCAGCCCAGAAGAGUUAUCAGCCCAGAAGAGUUAUCAGCCCAGAAGAGUUAUCAGCCCAGAAGAGUUAUCAGCCCAGAAGAGUUAUCAGCCCAGAAGAGUUAUCAGCCCAGAAGAGUUAUCAGCCCAGAAGAAAUACGAGCUGUGGAGAGUAGAUUACGAGCUGUGGAGAGUAGAGUAUGAGCUGUGGAGAGUAGAGUAUGUGCUGUGGAGAGUAGAGUACAAGCUGUGGAGAGCAGAGUACGAGCUGUGGAGAGUAGAGUACAAGCUGUGGAGAGUAGAGUACGAGCUGUGGAGAGUAGAGUACGAGCUGUGGAGAGUAGAGAAUGUGCUGUGGAGAGUAGAGUACGUGCUGUGGAGAGUAGAGUACGAGCUGUGGAGAGUAGAGUACGUGCUGUGGAGAGUAGAGUACGAGCUGUGGACAGUAGAGCACGUGCUGUGGAGAGUAGAGUACGUGCUGUGGAGAGUAGAGUACGUGCUGUGGAGAGUAGAGUACGAGCUGUGGACAGUAGAGUACGUGCUGUGGAGAGUAGAAUACGAGCUGUGGACAGUAGAGUACGAGCUGUUGAGAAUAGAGUACGUCCCGUGGAGAGUAGAGUACGUGCUGUGGAGAGUAGAGUACGAGCUGUGGAGAGUAGAGUACGAGCUGUUGAGAAUAGAGUACGUCCCGUGGAGAGUAGAGUACGUGCUGUGGAGAGUAGAGUACGAGCUGUGGACAGUAGAGUACGAGCUGUUGAGAAUAGAGUACGUCCCGUGGAGAGUAGAGUACGUGCUGUGGAGAGUAGAGUACGAGCUGUUGAGAGUAGAGUACGAGCUGUGGAGAGUAGAGUACAAGCUGUGGAGAGAACGAGCUGUGGAGAAGUACGUGCUGUGGAGAGUAGAGUACGAGCUGUGGAGAGUAGAGUACGAGCUGUUGAGAGUAGAGUACGUGCUGUGGAGAGUAGAGUACGUCCUGUGGAGAGUAGAGUACGUGCUGUGGAGAGUAGAGUACGUGCUGUGGAGAGUAGAGUACGAGCUGUGGAGAGUAGAGUACGAGCUGUGGGGCCAGUAUCUGAGGAGGCUGCUUGACUUAUUUACACUGAUGAGGACAGAGGAAAAAGCUUGA